UAUGAUAUAUUUCAAUGCUGUGAAAUAAAGGAAUUAUUGAAUUUUAUGAAUCCUUAUUAAAUUGAACUCACAUACGAAAAUGUUCAAGGAGAUUUAGCAGAGUUUUAAACGAUUAUAACAGGAGAGACGCUGUCAGUUGCGCGAACAACAAUGAAGAGAAAGGACGAUCUUGGGGAUAAAUCCGAAGAUAGAAUUGACGUCGAUAAGCCACUUUGGAAUCAGGACACGUACUUCGGAAGAUGGAUGCAUUACGCCUUUAUCACGGACUGCCGCACGAUACUCGUGCCGGAGAGUAAAUUAUGGGAAGCAAAAAAGCUGUGCGAGGACUACAAAGCUGGGAAAGAACCGAAAUGUACGAAGAGAAAGGAUAUAAUCUACGCGAAGAAGCUCAAAGACAGCGCCUUCCAUCCCGAUAACAACGAGCUCAUGAAUGUGAUAGGCAGAAUGUCCUUCCAGCUGCCAGGUUGCGUUGCCCUCACCGCCGCCAUGUUGACCUUCUACAAAUCUGCCUUCGGCGUGAUAACGUGCCAACUGGUUAAUCAGGGUUUUAACGCGGUUGUCAAUUAUACCAAUCGAAACGCGAUGAGCGACGAUCCGCAAGACACCGACGUUAUCCGGCAGGCCUUCGUUCUCGCCACCACGGCGAGUUGCGCGGCUGCAUUGGGAUUCAGAAAGCUGUUUUCCGGCAAAAGAACCUUCUUUGCAAGAUUCGCUCCGUUCUGCGCAGUGGCUGCUGGAAACAUAGUGAAUCUUCCCAUCAUGAGGCAACGAGAGAUCAAACGAGGUAUUCCCGUAUUUAUGAAAAGAUGCGAUACUGAUGAAGUAUGCAUCAUGAGAUCGCAGGUGGCCGCCGUCAAAGGUAUCUCUGAGUGCAUCUUCUCGAGGAUAGCAAUGGCCGCGCCAGGAAUGUUGAUGAUUCCAAUUAUCACAGAACAAAUGCGAUCGCAUUGUUUCUAUCAAUUUCGCCCGUGGCUCAUUUUUCCCGUCGAAAUCGGCUUAUGCACUCUCUUUUUGUUGGUCAUGAUUCCUUCGGCACUCGCCAUUUUUCCACAGAAAAACUCGAUGAAACCGGAAAUGUUAAAGAUAAGUCCAGAAGAAUAUGAAGUAUUUCAGGAAAAAAUGGGUCAGCGCAAACAUCCGGAUAAAAUUUAUUAUAACAAGGGAUUGUAGCCAAUAUAAAUAAAAAUAAAUAAAGUUAUAUUAUUAUAUUAUGCACAUUAUUAUUGAAUUUUCCAUUUAAUCAGUGAAACUCUUGAGUAACUAUUGAAAAUAAUGACUAUUUAAUUAUCGAAGAUUUAUUAAUACAUUAACAUUCGUGAUAUUACUAUAUCUUUUAUUAAUUACACGUGUAGCAAAGUCUUUUAUCGUCUUAUUAUAUGUGGCAGCAUUUUUAUUUUCGACAGGCUUCUCAAAAUUUGAUAAUAUUAAGUAAAAUUUCAGUAUUUAAGUCAUGUUGCUUUUAAAACAUAUGAAACAUAUAAAUUAAUACUAAUACGCCUGAGAAGAAUCAUUAAGCACUUACUAAAAUAAAAUU